AUGUCCAGUGCCUUCCCUCUCCUCCGUCUACCAGACACCGCUCAACGAAAAGUACUCAAUGGUUUCGAUGCGGUUCAGUUAAUCAACUUCUCCUUGCUCUCCAACAACGCCAAACAACUCGCCAAAUCUCUCAACAUCACAAUGAACGUUUUUAGUCUACGCCCGAAUGAUAAUAUUGAAAUUGAUAUCGGCGGUGACGAUGCGUCUCAAAACAUGAGAUGGACAUUCUACCCACCAAAGCGAGUUCGUCGCUUCAUGUGGUUCAGCCGUCCGAAACGUGGUUCGCAUUCAGUUUAUAUGCCAGGUCGUAUCGAAGCGAAGCUUUUCAAUUGGGCGCCAAUAGACACUGUGGUCUUUCAGAACCUGGGACUAAGUAUUUCGAGUUGGUUGAAACAGUUCCAAGACGUUUAUCACAUUUCCGGCAUUGAUGAUAUCAGAUUUGAGAAGGCAGCUUGUUUAUUUGACAUGCAGUCAAUUAAGGAUACCGUGCAAGGGAUAGAUGUGAAUGCGCUCUCGUUUACGGAAGACUGCGGAGUGAAGUGUGCUCAGCUGGCGUUCAGAGCCAUACCAGAAGCAAAGACAUUAGUCAUUUCUGGUACCAAGCUCUCAAAUCCAGAUGAGUAUCAGAACAUGCUGAUCCAAAAUCUAGAUGGUUUAGCUAUUAUAAAAAAAGGGGAUUUGAAAAUCUCUUUGGAUCAGAUACUGCUUAUCAACAGUGCCACCGUAUUCCUGAGUUUGACACACAUCACCGACAAGUUGAUCAAUCGAUACCUGAAACACUGGAUUCAAGGUUCAAACCCGAGAAUGGAGGAUAUGAGAAUCGCGUUCGAACCAAAUCACAUUUUUGAUAAAGACAUGAUUCUGAAGGGUCUGAAAUUUCGCAGAUGCCUACCUUACCUUAAAAAAGGGUUUGAAGGAAUGAAAACUUAUGGAUUCAUGGAAUUUGGUUUUGAGAUCCGCCGAAAGGAUGGGACGGAAGGGAUGAUUGCUUUUGAAAACGACGAUAAUUCUCGUUAUUUUAUUUUCCAUGUUUUUGCUUGA